AUGCCUCCUUACGGCAAGAAUGAGGUUUCGCCUCGCGAGGGUUGCGAUCCGACCUUCGACGAGCUUCCCUGGUAUCGUGCCUGGGUGCUUCAGCAGGUCUGCAGCCAGCCGCAACGCCUGCUGCUGAGCCUGCCAGAUUUCAACCCGGAUGAGGACCCCGAUUACGGCCCAUUCUUCUUGGUAUGGAACCAGAUACGGGAGUUGGCACUAGUGCCAGGGCCCAAGAAUAUCAACACCAUCACCGACGCGCUUCGUAGUCAGGGCGUGAUCUCUACCGAGCACAACUACGAGGCCGCCCAAUCAGCCAAAGAGCUUGUGUUCUCAAUCAUAGGGUGGCAGACAAUGCUGUACAAGCCUGAUUUUAGUCCUCACGCGGUCUGCGGCGUCGCCAUCGAGUGGGUCGACUCUCUCUCCUGCCACCUCGAGCUGGACAAACGAACUGGCAGGCUCUUCCUCUACCGGUAUCCCUCGUUCUGCGUCUCAUGUCUCCAUCAGCACGAGUCACGCAAGGAGGGUAACCACAGCAGCAAGAGCAUACUGCACCGCUGCGCCCUGGAGAAACCCGGGCCAGCACCAUGGGCCACCGAGGAGGACGUCACAGGCCUGCUCCAGGAGAUUCUGCUCUCCUACCGUCUGAUAUUCGCGGUGGUGGAGAGGGAUGAGUACGACCUCGCGGCGGACUUCCCGCACCUCCGAAGCAGGCUUGCCCGCUUGCACGGCUACGCCUCCGGCAAGAAGCCCCGUUCAAUCGGCCAGCUGUGGCGCGACAGGCGCGACUCGACCGCCUGGCUGGCGUUCUGGAGCGUACUCAUCUUUGGCUCGAUCAGUGUUGUUUUGGCGGGGCUUCAGACGGUGUUUCAGGUCCUGCAAUAUCUGGAGGCAAAACAGGGCAGUUGA